AUUUAAUAGCGGUUGGUCACCAGUCAAGAAUGAAAGCCAAUCGAGUGCAAACAUCUAUAAGAGGAGAAAACUUACUAUGUUAAAAACGUUAAAAAUAUUAUGUGUUUUACUAAAAGUAUUUAUGCUAAUGAGGACGGCUCUCACGUCCUCUUCGAAAGAUCAGGAAGAUUGUAUAACUCAGGAUAACCCAUCCUUCAGAUUCAUCGAUGUCCAUGAGUACGUGUCAUCAAAUAUCGGAUCUGUUCAGUAUUAUUUUGAAAACGACACUGUGAGAAAAAGAAAUGAAGUCGGAGAAAUUACACCAUCUUCAGAAAACAUUCCAAGCGAGCCAACAUUUCCUAGAGCAUUUGUGGAAUUUAACGACAGACUAAAUCAGAAAGACAUUUUUGUGACAUUCAGAUGGAACGAACCUAAAUUUACAAAUGGAGUGAUACAAAAAUAUACAGUUCAAUAUUGGUUUUUUGAGAAUCAAAUAAUUUAUAGAAUAGUUGUUAUAAUCUCAAAUUUCACGAUAUUGCAACAUAAAGCAUACAAUUUAAAACCUGAUACAGUGUAUUAUUUUAAAGUACAAGCGCAUAACAAAUUUGGUGCUGGCUCUUAUACUAAGUUCAUCAACGUGUCGACCACGCAUGAGAAUCCAGUACCUUUAUUACUCAUCUAUAAUAUAACAAGAUUGCAUGUACUGGAUAUAGAUUUAAAGAUCGGCUUUAAACGUGAUAUAUAUAAAAGGUGUACUGAAAUCGUUUACUCAGCAUUGGAACACAAGAUUUAUGGGAUUACUGGCGCAGAAAUAAUAACAUUGGAAUUUAAUCCAAAUGCAAUCGAAACAAAUCAAAAUUAUACAAUAAUAGCAGAAAUCGAGGACAAUGCAUAUUCUCUGUGCAUCGAUUGGAUUCGUGAAAAUCUUUAUUGGUUAGAAAAUACUAUUGACGGUACUUACAUUAUAAAACUGGACUUAAUAUUAGUACAACAAAAAGGCAUCAAAACAUACGAAAAAAUCGCACUGGCUGAAGAGAAUGCUUCAUUUUUAACAGUAUUACCAUAUAAGAGACAUUUAUAUUGGACAGUAGAUUCUUCAAUAGUGCAAACGGAUUUGAAUGGUAGAAACAAAUUAUAUAUGGCAGACAAUAAAUGCUUCUGCCUCAAGACAUUUCUAGGAUUGCUACAAAUUUAUAACACUUUUAUGACGAUUGAUACAACGAAUAUUGACGAGCCGCUAAUAUAUUGGAUAAUAAACAAUGAAUAUUUAAUCGUCACGGAUAUUAAUAGUUGUAAUUGCAAUAUGAUUUUAAGAUUUCCAAAUCAAUUUACUUAUCGUAUUAAUGAUAUAGUAAUUGAUAGUAUUAAUAUUUACUUGAUUACUUAUGAAGAAAUAUAUAUUUUAAGAAAGGAAAAUGCUCUUCUCGAAAGCAAAGAAAACAUAUUUCAAUGUUUUCAAAAAUUCCAUUACGACUUUUUUGACUUGUUAGCUAUUGCAAAAAAUUUACAAUUAUAUCCCCCGAAGAUAUGUCUAAUACCUACGAAAGGUAAUCGUGUUGAAGAAAUGUUAAUAACUGCAGACAGCAUUAACGUGAACCUUCCGGAGCCGAUUCUCAAUGAUGAAUUUAAAAAGUACAACUUAGUUUUUAUAUAUGACAUUUCUGUGAGUUAUUUCAAAUGUUUAGACAAUGAUCUUAACAAAUUCGAAGAAUUUCAUGUCCAAACGUACGAACAGCAGUACGAAUUCCAAAAUUUGACGCAAUUGACAGAAUACACGUUAAAACUGGCAUUGAGCAAUUUUUACAUCUACAAGAUAUCGAUGGAUUUGCAAUUCGGCCCAGAUGUAAAACUGAUAACUACGGGCAAGCUCUAUGCACCGGAUGAUGUAGUAGUUCAAGUUGUAAUGCCAAAUCUGGCGGUAAUUGAUUGGAUGCCACCGAAAAAAUUAAAUUGCGUGGCAGUGAAUUAUGAGGUAAAAUUGGUAGAAUAUCCAAAUAACACUCAAGAAAAUCAAAAUUCGGUUCGCUCCAUAAAAGUCUUCAAUAAGCUAGAACGUAAGACAAAUGGCAAGUUUUUCGCGGUAAUUCCGUCACUGAUACCAAAGCAAAAAUACGAGAUAUACGUGAGUGUGUAUCCAAUCAUUCGGACAGAUGUCGUCACUGACAGUGUAAUAAAAACAGUCUACAUGUCCGAACCAAAUAAUUUAAGUUUGAAUGGGAUCGAUACAAACAGUAUGAAUAUCUCGUGGAUUCCAAGCGUUAAUCUGACGAUUCCUACUGAAUUCCUUAUACUAGAAUACAAAAAUGCUGCGUCACGAAAGAGGAUAUGGGAAAUUGCGAAUAAUAUUAAGGGGAAUAAUGAUAAAAUAACAUAUCACAUAGAAAAUUUAUUGCCGCAAACUAAGUACAAAUUUCGUUUGAACUUAAAAUAUACUCAGUAUAAUGAAAAUUUCAUAUGGCCGUCUGAUGGAAAAGAAUUUAUUUUUGAAACGCUCGGUGAUGCAAGAAAGAUUCCUAGCGCAACUGGGACAGCUAUGCAAUAUUAUCUGCCAUUAAUAUUAUGUCUUAUUGUAAUCAUUGUAAUAUACAAUGUUUACUACUUUUAUUGUACAUACAGGCAACGCAAAAGAAGUAACGAAAUAGUUUCGCCUCUAAUAAUGAUCAAUACGGAAUUAGUACCUUUAAAUGAAAUAUCUUUCGGGUGCACUCAACUAAAUUUGCUGAACCCUCCUAGAUUGCAAUAUAAUUCAGACGAAUUUGCGUUGACCAUAAUCGAAAAAAAUCAAAUUAUCCAAACAAAGUUUUUAGGUAGCGGCGCAUUUGGUAGUGUAUAUCAAGGAAUCAUAAAAAUUUUGAGGGUGGACACAACACCAGUUGCAAUAAAAAUGCUGAAAAGACAAGCUUCUUCGAGAAAAAAAGGAAUCUUGAAAGAGGCAUUUGUUUGA